UUUAACAGAGCGCCCGGCUGGCCCAGGAGGAGGAGUCGCCGCCGCCGCCCCCUGCGCGUCCCAGGUGUAACCAGAGCCGAGCGGGCGCGGCACAGCCACCACCUGCGGAACCUGUCGGGCGGCUCACAUCGCUUCGCCGCCGCGCUCGUACCGCUCCGUCUCCUCCACCCGGACCUCUGAGGACUUUUGCCCGGCUUCUCCGCGCUCGGUCGACGGCCCGAGCCAUGAAGUCGCUCUGUGGGACUGCUCUCCUACUGCUGCUCUGCGCCGCCGCCUGUGCCCAACAGACCUCAUGCAUCUGCGAGAAGAACAAGCGUGUCAGCAACUGCAGGAUGGAGGGUAACAUCUGCUGGUGCAACUCGCUGGGUUCCGACUUGAGCGUGAACUGCAGCACUUUGACUUCAAAAUGCCUGUUGAUGAAAGCAGAAAUGACAAGCUCAAAAUCAGGUCGCCGUGAGAAACCAAAAGAUGCAUUUGAAGAUACUGAUGGCCUUUAUGACCCCGAGUGUGAAAAUACUGGUGUUUUCAAGGCAAAGCAGUGCAAUGGAACCACCUGUUGGUGUGUGAAUACAGCUGGUGUUAGAAGAACUGACAAACAUGAUUCAGACUUGAAGUGCAAUCAAUUAGUCAGAACAAUUUGGAUCAUCAUUGAAAUGAAACAUGCUGAGAGAGACACUCCUCUGAACGCUGAAUCUUUAAAGAAGUUCUUCAAGGAAACACUGACCAAUCGUUACAUGCUGGAUGGACGCUAUAUAAGCAGUGUUCUGUACGAAAAACCUUACAUUACUAUUGACUUGAAGCAAAAUUCCUCAGAGAGAUCUUCUGGAGGUGUGGAUAUAGCUGAUGUGGCCUACUACUUUGAAAAAGAAGUAAAAGGUGACUCCAUCUUUCUUGGUAACCCACUAAAUGUCAGCAUUGAUAAUGAAAAGGUGCAGUUUGAGAAGACAGUGGUCUACUACGUUGAUGAAAUAGCACCAGAGUUUUCCAUGAAGUCUCUGACUCCUGGCCUCAUUGCUGUCAUUGUAAUAAUAGUAAUAGCAAUCGUUGCUGGAAUUGUUGUUCUGGUCCUUACAAGGAGGAGGAAAGGGAAAUACGUGAAAGCUGAGGUAAAGGAAAUGAAUGAAAUGCAUAGAGGGCUGAAUGCAUAAGUGAACCACCUGAAGAUGGACUAAGAUUCAAUCAAACAAGGAUAUAGCAGGAACAUUGGAGGCAUGGAUCUUAACUCUUAAAAGAUUCUUCCUGAAAGGGAAGCGAUUUUGCUCAGUUAAUGAUUGUUAAAAAUAACAGCCAAGACUGGUAACCAUGCUACUACUUUUACUAUUUGUUGAGAGUUAAAUCUUAAACACCCCAUCUUACUCAAGUGAAACUUAACUAUUGCUCCUUGAUUGUAUUUUUUUUCUUGAUGAAAUGAGUUGACAACUACUGUUACUAGGGUUUUGGAGCAUAUAUGCUUAAACAGAUAUUUUACCCUUGUGUAAGUUUUAUUGAAAAUGAUUUUUGUAGCCAUGUUGUAACAAGAUGGUCUCCUGUAUAACUGAACGUGACAUUUUUACGGCUGUUUGUACAUAUUUGAAGUUGCUGUACCUUUUUUAUGACUUGAAUUAAUAAAACUUUGAAACAGG